CGUCGCCGUUGUAACGUGACGCGACGCGACGCGACAGCGACGUUGCGCGCGCGCGCGCGUAUGUGUGCGCGUGUAUAUGUGUGUGAGCGUGCGUGCCUCCAACGGAGUUCGUUCGCCCUCCGUGGUUUUACCUACGUCGAGGGUACCCCGACGUCAAUCGCGUCCACCGGGAGCAGCGGCGCGAGGUGCUCUGCCGCCGUCUUUCUUUCACGGCUACUCUUGCUCUUCCCUGUCGCUGUCCUCUCUCUCUCUCUCUCUCUCUCUCGCGCGCGCGCGCGCGCGCGCGCUCUUCGUCUCUCACUCCGUCCGUCUCUCUCUCUCUUUCUCAGUCCCUCAGUCGCUUCUCUCUCUCCUCCGGUCUUUCUCUCUCCUUUCUCUCUCGUGCACGCGAGUGCGAUCGGUGCCGACCAGUGCGACGUGAUACGUUCUCGCUUGCGGAUCGCUCGCCCUUCGUUGUGCCUCGGCGCGACAGGAUAGGUGCCUCACCGCACAGUGGCCCGCGCGCGCGUCAUCGUGAAAAGACUGUCAGGAGUGCCUUACUGUAACUUCUUCACCACGAGUUGACGAUAAUCGCACGAUACGCGUACACGGUGUGCGACAACAUCAUCAUUAUCGUCAUCGUCAUCCUCCACCGUCACUGUCACCGUCACCAUCUACCGUGGGACUCCGUGAUUGUGCGGGGAAAGGCCGAAGGAGAAAGAGAGAGAGAGAGAGAGUAUGUGCAGUGGCCCGUUCGACGACGAGUAAUAUAGACGAUAGGGAGCGUGAGAUCGGAGCACGGAUCGUGCAUAACCGUACGUAGCCCUCCUCCCCCCCUGAGGAUUCCCGGCGGUACCAGCGAGGGGGUCCGCUGUAAGGAUGCUGUACGCUUUCGCCGUGAUCGAGAGGCCGCGAGUCGUAUCACGAGCUUGCAGCAGCGUAACCAGCUGAGAAUGUCGGAGCAAAACGGGCCCAGCGAGGGCCCAGGACCAGGGCCCGGCUCGGAAUCGGGCUGGUGGCCGUCCACGCAGACCUGGAAAUCGUCAGCGGCCGCCACGUCGUCGACCUCAUCCGCGACCUCGACCGCGGCGGCGGGUUCCGCGUCCGUUUCCGUCUCCUGCGCCGCAUCCGGCUCGUCCACGACGAGCUCCUCCACCUCGACCAACUCGUCCGCGAAUUGCUGUCCCUCAUCAUGCAUCGGCGUUUCCUGCACGAUGAGUCCGAGCCGUUCCACGGAGACGGGGAAAAACGUGUCUGUCACUGCUAUUAAUGUACCGCCCAAUCAAGAGAUGCACGAUGGUAAAGGGGUGUGUAAAUAUCUCGGGGGACAGAAUGGCGUUACGGUGUCGGUAGUAUCGACUUCAGUAUUGGGGUGCGGGAACGCAAACGCCGUACCGCCUAGCGGACUUUGUGCAAACACGGGGCCGCAUAGUAUCGGCAUCGGAAUCGGCGGCAUCCUCGCCGCGAAUGCAGCCGACAUCGACGACCCCGAGGACAGCGACGGCGAGAUCAGCAAGAUCGAUUUUAGAGGGGUCAAUCUGCGCUCGAAGAAGAAACGCGAUGUAUCGGGGAAUCAGAACGGCGACAAGAUCGCCGACGGAGAUGCUAACGGCGACGGCGGGGGAUGUUGCGACGAUAACUCGCAACAGCAACCCGAGAGACCUAUGUCUUGGGAAGGAGAGCUGUCGGAUCAAGAAAUGUCUUCCAAUACAAUCACUAAUCAGGACCAUCACGAGGAAACGUCCAUGGAAGGAGUUCAGGUGUGCAGCACGAGUCCCGGACCCAUGGAGCAAAAGUUCCCGAUCAAGUCGGAGCCGGAUUUCCGGUCCAGCCCGGGUUUCACGAUCGGAUCGUUUCACGAUGCCGGUCUAUCCAUGACGCACAACCAACAGCUGCAGCAACAGCAGCAGCAGCAGCGCGGUAUCGAGAAUCUCGAGCAGACUCAACAGAGCGACCUGCCGCUUCUUGUAGGCAAACUUCUCGGCGGAUACAACAGCUCGACGCCUAAUCACAGUCCCGUUCUUAAUCCGCGGCAUCAUCUGACUAAACACAGUCAUACGAGGUCACAGGUGCCGUCACCAGAUUCCGCCAUUCAUUCCGCGUACAGCGUCUUCAGUUCGCCGACGCAGAGUCCGCACGCGGCGCGGCACUCCGCGCUAGGAGCGGGCAGCCCGAUACCGUCGUCUUCGCUGUCCCUAUCUCGUCACAGCUUCAACAACUCGACUUCGUCGCUGUCCCUGUCGCUGUCGCAUUCGCUCUCGAGGAACAACUCCGACGCUUCCAGCAGUUGCUACAGUUACGGUUCGCUCAGCCCACCCACGCACUCGCCCGUCCAGCAACCGAGACAUCCGCACUCGCACUCGCAACAUCAUCAGCAUCAAGUGGCGCAGAGCAGUCCGCUGCACUUGCCGGCCUCGUCCGCGGUCCCGGGGCAUUACUCGUCUUCAUCCGUGCCCGGUUCGGAACUGUCCCCGGAAGGUCAUACGGUUGUGGAAGAUCAGGAAGACUGCAGGAUACCGUCGGCGCCGUCCGGUAUCUCCACGCGGCAGCAACUAAUUAAUAGUCCUUGUCCGAUUUGCGGCGACAAGAUAAGCGGCUUCCAUUACGGGAUUUUCUCGUGCGAGUCGUGCAAGGGUUUCUUCAAGCGCACCGUCCAGAACCGGAAAAAUUACGUGUGCCUUAGAGGCGCGGGUUGCCCGGUCACCGUGGCUACGAGGAAGAAGUGCCCGGCUUGUCGCUUCGACAAGUGCCUGCAUAUGGGUAUGAAACUCGAGGCGAUCAGGGAGGAUCGCACGAGGGGUGGUAGAAGCACCUAUCAGUGCACUUACACCUUGCCGGCAAAUCUCGUCGGCAGUCCGGCCGGUAUGGCCAGCGAGAAACUUACGGCGGCGGGCAACUGCAGCCCGGCGCCGGCCGGAAGCGAGCACCACUAUUCUGCUCGGCACCACUCGAAUCACUCCCACAAGAUGCAGGUGGUACCGCAGCUCUUGCAGGACAUCAUGGACGUGGAGCACCUCUGGCAUUACAACGACAACGAUCGGAUAAGCGGUGGUGCGUCUGGCAAUACGAGGAACGCCGGCGGCAUCGACGGCGUACUGAUAGGUGGGUCCGGAAGUGGCCCGGUAUCGAUCGGCGGUACCGGAAGUGCGGUCGGUCUCGGGAACAACGUGGCUGCGGAUUGUCCGUCGAACGAGUCCAACAACAUUGAUAGCAACAACAGAAGGGGCGACUCGGCGAGCCCACCCGGCACAGCUGCUACCGCAGCGGUCGAUCAGCGUUCCACGAACGGCAACACCACGAAUAACGGUAAUUCCCAGAUCGCCAGUAACUCGAACGGCAAUCCUACGCAACACCCGGACUUCUUGUCCAAUCUCUGCAACAUUGCGGAUCAUCGGCUCUACAAGAUAGUCAAGUGGUGCAAGAGCUUGCCGCUCUUCAAGAACAUCUCGAUCGACGAUCAAACCUGCCUACUGAUCAACUCGUGGUGCGAGCUACUGCUGUUCUCGUGCUGCUUUCGCAGCAUGAGCACCCCCGGUGAAAUAAGGGUGUCUCUCGGCAAGUCGAUUACCCUGGAGCAGGCCAAGCAGCUCGGCCUAGCGACCUGCAUCGAGAGGAUGCUCGCUUUCACCAACAAUCUGCGAAGGCUGAGAGUAGACCAAUACGAAUACGUUGCAAUGAAGGUGAUCGUGCUGCUAACGUCCGACACGAGCGAACUCAAGGAGCCCGAGAAGGUCAGAGCUUCCCAGGAGAAAGCCCUUCAAGCGCUACAGCAAUACACGAUCGCGAGGUACCCGGAAAUGCCGGCCAAAUUCGGUGAAUUGCUGUUGAGAAUUCCGGAUCUGCAGAGAACGUGCCAAGCGGGGAAAGAAUUGCUUAGUGCGAAACGCGCCGAGGGGGAGGGCAGCUCGUUUAAUCUUCUGAUGGAGUUGUUGAGAGGGGAUCAUUGAACGAUCAGCACGAUGAACAUGCCAUUCCACGCUUAUAGGGUCCAUAAGCUUAGGGAAUCGGAUAUAAUAGAUAAUCGCAGAUUAAGAAAGAUUAGAGAAAGAUGAGUGAGGGAGAAAAGACGGCAGAUGUAAAGUCUAAUAGCGACAUUUAGUACUUGUGGUGAGGGGACUGCAUUCUUCGUAAUUAGGACGCAUUAAUCUAAAUGAGGAAAAUGAAAAAAAUGGAACUUUCUAUUUUACACCGGAAUGCUUCCAUACAGGUCGCGCGCAUAUACGUUCGCAUUCCUGUCCCGAGAUAUAUAAACGAAUUACGAAACGGCCUACGGUACACGGCUGGACGCGUGCCGUCCGGCGUGUACGUGUAGAUGCUAAUGAGACUGAAAGUAUAAUUGACGGUGACACGCAGAGCAUUUACUUUUACGAUGAUAAGCGUUGUAUAAAUACAGAGGUGGCAUCAAAAUGCUGAAAUUUCUAUUGGGCGGCCGGUGGCCCCGCGCGUGAGAGCGCGAGCUUUAUACAGUAGCGCACGCGAAUCUGUAGACAAAGUUGACCUUUAAUUAAUGAUUACGAUAGAACAACCAGUAUUGCGUAUCGUUCUGCGCUUACUUAAGAACAGAGCAUAGCCAUGCCUUAUAUAUUGUAUAUCCCGGUUAUGAAAGUGUACUUAAAAUUUCAAACAUCAGUCGACCAAUUAUCUACUUAUAGAGCAGUUAAUCAUGGAGUAAUUAGUUAAAAUAUCCUUAGCUAGUGUAUCGUCCAUAGAGUAACGUGAUUUCUAUCACAGACGUGUAUACUUCUGCAGUAUACUUCUAUUACACGUAACGUGUACGGAAGUCGACGCUUUUUAUCGAUCACACAAAAUACAUUUUUUAUUCUCUUUAUAUGUUUUAACAGCUUGCCAAAAAGAAAAAAGCAAAGCAAAAGAGAAAAAGAAACGACAACGGGAAUGAAAUGUUGUGAAAGUUUGUAAAUUUUUCAUACGAAAGUUGCCAAGUGAUGAUUGUAGGCAGUACGUACGUGCCUACUAUCUUUUCUGUAAAUACUUCUUCUAUGAUUGGCUUUUGUACGUUUUUUUUUAUUAUUUUAUUCCUCGAAAGAUUUUAUUAAAUGUGAAAGAAUGAAAAUUAAAAAUGUAUGGCAAAUUAGAUUAUUAUGUUAUAAGUACGUGUUUAUACGUGUAAUUAUGUAUUCGUUGUUUCGCAUGUAUCUUCGCGAUCAAAAUGUAAUUUUGAGAAAACAUGUGCGUUUCUUUCCGAUGUUACGUCGGUGGCAAACCUUUUUGUUAAGGAUUUUAAGUUAAAUUCUAUGCUGACACGGCAAGAGUGUUUAUUAAUUGUAAUACAAUUGUAAAUUUAUAUAUCAUAAAAUUAUUGGCAUUGGUGUAACUUGCCAAUCGCGAUUAAUUAUUAUUUUAUUGUUAUAUGAAGUUCUAAAUAUAUGAUACAGGCUAUCAAUCGACGCUAAGAUUCGAGAAAGAUUAAAGACUUACGGAAAUUCAUAUACACUGGUUGUAUACAUAUACAUAGCCAAAUAAAAGAAUGGAUCAUUAGCCAUUGGUAAAUUUUGGUUUGUCUUUUUGAAAUUCGCAAUCUACUGUCGCGAUUGUCGUAACAACAGUUUUUAAUUAAAAAUGUUUUUUUAAACACAGACAGAAAAUUGCUGCUAUGACAGGGAGUGUGCCGUGCAUUAAGUCGAUACCAUUAUUAAACAAAAGGAUCAGGACGCUUACUUUGCAAGAAAGAGAGAUACAUUAUAUAAAUAUCGCUUAAAAGAUGCAGCUACAUGCUUGCGUGCGUGCGUGACGAAUUGAUCUCUGCCGUUGGUACUUUAAUGAGACUGUAUCCGCAUAUUAGCGGAUUAUUUCUCUUGCUAGAAUUGCUUGCAGUCCUUUUCCUGUUUGUUAACAGUGUCCCCCGCGAGAAAGGAAUGCACGAGGGAGGCACCGGGUUCGAAGACACUUAAGAGGAUACUAUCGAUUCGCAAUACUUAAUAUAAAGAUUAUUUGUAAGAACCGUCUUCCCGCAGAAUUAAUCUUUUAGGAAGCGUAACUUAUCAUCCUCUCGAUUGUACAUGCGCACACAUAUCAUUCGCGUGACCACCGUGAUUUUCUUUCCACGAGUUUUCCGUGAAUGUAAACGUAACGUCAGAGAGUCGCGAGAUACAAUAGUCUGUAUAUCUGAUCGUGCACGAUAACAAUAAUAGCCGUGACGAGAAAACAAAAACUAUUGGCCAGUAUUCUGGAUGAUUCGCAUCAUUGAAUUGGUAUUAAGAGACUUCGAGCUAUAUAUGCUUAUACGAACGAUUAUAAAUCGAUUUCGUGCGACGAAAGUAAACGCUGUAAAUAUAAAGAGAAGAAUCACAUAUUUUGCUGUGACGAGCGUGUACAGAACGAGUGUGUAAAAAGAGGGGAGGGGGCAAGAACGAGAGAGAGAGAGAGAGAGUGUGUGUGUGUGCGAGCGAGAGAGAGAGAGAGAGAGAGAGAGCGUGCGAGAGUGAUGGUAAAACUUGUAACAAAGCAUAUAAGAGUCGACUUAAGCGAGAUAGUAUGAAAGUAGAAUUACAAGAAGAUAAAUAUUUGCCUGUUAAAAAAUGACUAUUCUAUGUUUAUGUUUGACAAGAAAAAAAAAGCUAUUUCUACAUACUUUAAUGAGAUACUUCUGCUGUAGCUCAGUGAUAAUCGUCCUUAUUUGUGUACAUGUGCGUGUGUGUGUGUGAUGCGCAUUCGUGUGUGCGACGCGCGACGAAGGUAUUUGCUUAAAUCCUUGCGCGCGAGAGCUAGCUAGCGCCGCAGAGAGAUAUUCUUUUGAUCGACAGUUCGGUAUCGAUUCUCAUAUUUGAACCGCCAAAAGCAGAGGAACCGCUCGAUGAGCAUAGUCUUCCGUUUUUUUCGGUAAUGUAGAGAACGUCAUCGCGUGCGGCGGCGGCGCUCGCGUUCGUUGCAAUGUUAAACGAAGAUUCGACAAAAAUGAAAUCGUUUUGCCAAUCAUGACAAUAUUACGGAGCAAGCUGUGCGAGACGAAUCGGAUUUAUAUACAAUAUACAAAGAGCUUAAAUACGACAGACUGCAAUGACAAUUAUAUAAAUAUAUAUAAAUACAUAUAUAUAUAUAUAUAUAUAUAAAGUUGUAAAAAAAAUAGAGAGAGAGAAGAGAGAAAAGGUUGUAAGUAUAACGACGAGGAUUAACAUCAAUGCAUGCAAGGGCCAAGCAACAGUGUAAUAAUAUUAAACGGAGUGAAACCGCGUAUCCUAGAAGUAAAGUAUCGCGGAUACUCAACACACGCGCGUACGCGCGCGCGCGAACGCAUAUAGUAUUUCUUAUCAAUAUACACGUGACUAAACGCAGCAAAAGAAAAAGAAGAAGAAGGAAGAAUCUAUAUAAGAGGCGAGAGAAGUCCCAUCCACCCACCAUCAACUAGCUCAGCGAUUUCCGAAAAAAAUUGCGUAUUUUUUACCUCGAUAUUGUAAAAAGAAAACAAGAAAAAAGAAAGGACGAUAUGUUACCGGCCGAGCCGUUUGUACGUAAGCGCGCGGAUUGUCGCAAACGUUUGAUCUCAAUUGCGCGAUUAUGCGUGAAACGUCGCGUCCGGCGGUCGACGAUCCUCCGAUCCGCUGGUCUAGUUGAGCCGCAGAGAAAAAAAGACAAGAAGCCCUCCGACACGCGUUGUCGAGGGCACAUUCGUUCCCGACAUAGGAGAAUAGCUCUAUCCACACGCAGACACGAUUAGAGAGUAGUUUUAUACAUACAACACGAAUUAUCAGAAUACGAAAUAAAAGAACUUUUUACGAACAUUU